AUGCAACCUACAAACACGUGUGGUAGAGCACGGCCACCUGCUGCAAUGGGGUGGAGACUCCUUUCUGCAAAUCUGUGGCUUGCAGCCGCGCAGCAGUUUCCAACGAGUGGGACAUGGACGUACGAUUAUUCGCAGCAACAGGACUGGAAGAACAUCGUGGGCACGCAGUGCGGGGCAAACUACCAGUCGCCCAUUGACAUUCCCAAGGCACUUAGCUAUGUCGACCACGCGAACCUCACGAAGCUGGCGACAGGAAUUGGUGAACGUCUUGGGCCUUUCGCUUGGAGUCUGGCUGCACAGACGGUGAAUGUCACGCUGCAUCCAGGGCCCUUGACAUGGGAAGUGAAACUGGUGAAUCCAGAAGCUAUAGUGGUUCAAAUAGGAGGCUUGGACUACUCGCUUCAGUCUAUGAGCUUCAAGUCGCCCUCGGAACAUACGGUGGAGGGUGCCCACAACGGCAUGGAGAUCCAGAUGCGGCAUGUGGCAAAGAGCCCUUUUGGAGGUGGAGAGAAGGUGCUAAUGGUUUCCAUUAGCCUCCGGUUAGCUGAGAACGUCAAUGUUGGCAAUGCUUUUCUGACCCCGAUCUUCUCAACUAUGCCCUUGGAUGGUCAAGGGGCUCCGUCCGUGUUCAUUGCCAACCCUUACCUGGACCUUGCUCCUCCGGACAAGUCCUACGUGCGGUACACCGGAUCGACCACCGCUCCGCCUUGUGAGCAUGCUGAUUGGGUUGUGUUCAUGCAGCCGGGAUACCUCGGUUUCCAGCAGCUCGAGCAGUUCCGGUCCAGUAUCAGUGGAUACCAACCCUCCAGACUGGCACCCGCGAACAGCACCCCACCACUCGGCGUCUCCGAAGCUUGGGACAAUCGGUGGGGGCGAAACAAUCGCCUUGCGCAGGACCUGGAAUUUCGUGAGGUUCAAAUGAUACAGAUGAUGAAUGUUGAUGCAAGUGCCGUUCCAAAGCUGACGGCAUUCACAGGCAUGGCGGGAAACGCAUCCUGGCAGCAGCUGAACAUUUACUGGAUCAUUGCCUUGACACUUCUGGUCCUGGCGUGCGUCAUCUGCGGUGUAUGGCUGCUCAGAGCACAGCUCUUUCACGAAGAGGAGUAUCCAACUGGAAUGUAUGGUAGGGAGUUUCGGAGCAACGGUUGCUGUGAAGUUUCGGAUUCUGAAGAAGACAUGCCGUUCCAGCCAUAUGCAGCACAUCCGGGGCAAUGGCACAUGCCAGCGCCAUCUUACCUAGCACCCUUCCCAGAGCAGUACAUGCAUGCUGCACCUGCGAGAGCUGGCUUUGGCAAACAGGAUCAAAUCUACAUCGCUUGA